UCCUUUUUUGUCAAAUAUGUUGUAGUUGUCACAUAAUAUACCAGCAUCCGAAACCAGCAAACUAUUGACAAAAUGCGAAAAAUGAAUUACAAAUUUUUCAAAGGGAGUCUUUGAUUGCCUGUGUAUGGUAUACGCUGUGAAAUGCUUUUACCUAAUAACUUCAAUAUAAACCUAAUUAAAUCAAUAAGUUUAUAUAAUUAUCGUGUCUCAAACGACCCACUUACCUGUCCCACACUUGCUCGUGUUUAAAUCAUGGGUCUCCGGGUGGGGGAGGUUGCACAAGUGAAAUACGUUGUAUAAAUGUGGGACGACUGUCUAAUAAUAAGAGGGGAGCAGAUUUUGGAAAUGUGAAAUGAAGUGGCAGGCAAGGGCAAAAGUACAAUUAUGAGACGAUAUCGUUCCGACAGCGCGGUUUAAGGAUUUUUCUCGAGUCAAUAACUGCAAGUCUACAAUCCAAAAACACAUGGGACAAUUGAAACAAUUUAAAACCAAAUGACUUCAAAAAUGGUUAAAGCCAAUAAUGAAAUAUUAAAUUAUUACCAUUUAUAAAGACUAUUCCGGAAUACAUAUCAGGUCUACGAGCACCUAACACUGCACCUCUGACAAAAUUAGAAAGCCAACGCUAUGAACCAUUUUCAAUUUAUCCCGAACUUGCUAAAAAGAACAAUCAAUGGUAAUAGUCGGCUCAUUUUCGACUAAGUUCACCGCGGCCGCUUGCGUGCUAGCUUCAUGAUAGAUAUGCGACUCACCUGCAAACGAUUCUCAAUUUUUGGCGUUCUAGUGAGGUACAACUUACGAAAACCAACCCGAUAUGAUUUUUCAAAGGGCUGUCCUGUCUUCAAAUCCUUUAGUAGUAGAAAAUCCUCAGGGCAAAACUAUCGGAGGGAAUAGCUCUUACCCAGUCGGUUGUGACUUAAUACUAAACUAAACUAUUAGCAGCUUGCGUCAUUGCAGAUGCAGACUUAUUUGUAGGUUCCGCUACAAAGACGAGCAAAGUUGGAGGACAAAACCAAAAUCCGAUUGACUUUAUUAUUAUCUCACAAAAACGGUUUUUCUAUCAACAACCCAACAAAUAAAUAGCCGAACUCAUGAUACCGGUAUUCGUGACGCAAUCAUAUGUCUACGCCUCGGACAUGCUAAUUUUCCAAACAUUCAAAUCUAUUUUUUCCGCAUUGGGUAAUUUUAAUAUUAUAAUUGGAGAUAAUAAUUUCGCUGAUUACAGUUCACUGAACUGUGUGACUUCUCGAGAGACACCAUGUUACCAGAACUACUGAUGCGCGACGUUCGGACGUUACUAUUAGCAACGCGCACUCCUGUAAUAAAUUUUGCUCUUGUAGUAGCUUGCUUAUUUCUAUAUUUCACUGCUUUCCGACUUAUUUUUCUCGGAAUGAUGAACGGUAACGUAGCUAGGCCUAUGCCGCUUAAUGGCGAGGAUCUGAGGAAAACCAGCACUGGUCGAGGUCAUUAUUAUUCAAAAGGAUAUUAUUUUCCUCCCUCAGACUUCCGGAGGACUGUUUGCGAUGAUCUUCCUCCACCAUUGACUGUGCAGGACCAAGUUAUACCAUAUGACCAAGUGAUAAACAAUUACCAUACAACUACUGGUACUACACAUGAUUUUAAAUAUAUAGGGGGUGUUUUAUCACAUCCCCAUUACAAGAAAGCUGCUGGAUCAUGGAAAGUGCACUUUGUUAAAGAUAAUAUUGAAAAGAUGCAAGUUAGAGAAUGGAGAACACCGCUGGAAGUUGGAAAUCAAUGUUCAGAAAUGAAAGCAGAAUAUCAAGGAAAACAAGAAAUUUCACCGAGCAUGCGAACAAAUUUUAAAGCUGGUCUUCAACCUUUUAAUUUGUCACAACAUCAUGUUAAUGGACCCUCACAAAAUGUUAUUGCAAGCACACAUAAUAGAUCUAUGACUGCGAAACCAUUUUUUAUUCGGGAUAAGGGAGUUUUAAAUAUGAACGAUAUUUAUGCAAGUACAACACAACGUGAUCAUAGAUCUUUCAACAGGGAAGAGUUGCUCGAUUAUCCGAAAAAAGACGCCACGACAUAUUGGGAAUGUGAAGAAUAUCCUCGUGCCUGGGGUCAUGGAUCGAAACUAAAUCCACUUCCGAAACAUUCUGUACCAAGAGAACGACCUCCAUUAAGAGAUCCAACUUGGUUUCCAUCAGCAACGAAAAUUCCGAGAAUACCAAAAGCAAUGGUUCCGGUUCCUCACAAAGGCCUGCAAUCGUUAGUCGCCGACUCAUUCCGCAAACCAUCUGAUGUAAAAGUAAAAGAAAUAUUUUCUUGUCCAGUCGAUACCCCAUGGGUAAUAGCAAGCCCCGGCCCGAAAGAAAUUAUGUCAAUCCCUAAAAUGUAUGACACAGAAUAUAUGACCUAUGGCAGUAAAAGACCAGUCACAGUGAGCUAAACUUACCCUUUCAAUUGUCCCUUUUUUAUCUAUUUUAUUUCAAAUGCUAAAAUUAUGAUCAGUGUCCAAUCAAGCUUAAUCUGCACUUAAAAUUUUUGAUUUAUACAUUGUUCAAGUCUAAUUAGUUUAACAAUAAUUUUUAAAAUUUAGAGGGCUGGACUUUUCCUUGGCUUCAAUCAGCAAGACAUAUUAUGUUACUUUCCUUAAAUGUUUUGUACAAAAUAAUAAUUUUCAAUUCACCUUAUUGUAACCUUAGUGUUUUUUUUAUGAUUUUGCCAAGCAUGAAUAGAUGAUAUAUCAAACUUGUCAGUUUGAUGUAUCAACGUUACAUGCUUGGACUUCUAUUACUGUUAUAUGUGCCAUAUUAGGUAUAUUGCUUCGUUACUGGUAUUGUCAUGAAAUAUGUUAGCUAGUCCAUCAGAGCAAUAAAUAGAUUUUUAAAUCAA